AUGAUACUGCUUCUGUUGUAGACAGACGGUCUGUAAUUCUAGAUGCUAAUUUUGGACAUUAGUUUGAGGAAAAUGCAGUGUUUUUGACACAUGCUCUUUUGUUUCAAGGUCUGAUGAAUAGACAAAUAAGGGAGGAGUUUUAUUGAACAAGGUUGUAUUACUUCAGCGGGGGUGUCCAGGCCAUUGAAAGGAUGGAAUCUCUAAUUCCCACCAUAAACCGGCUGCAGGAGGUCUUUUUGACUGUGGGAGCAGAGAUCAUACAACUACCUCAGAUAGUCGUGGUUGGAUCUCAGAGCAGUGGAAAAAGCUCUGUGUUGGAGAGCCUGGUUGGACGGGAUUUCUUGCCUCGGGGAUCAGGAAUAGUCACAAGACGACCCCUGGUGUUACAGCUUGUUCAUGUUGCCCCUCUGAAGGAGAGGUUUAGCACUGAGAAUGGAAAUGGGGUUAAACACAAUGCUCAAAACAGCUACCCAGGUGUCAAAGCUGAAGAAUGGGGUACUUUCUUGCACUGCAAAAACCAGAUCUUCACAGAUUUUGUGGAAAUCCGUCGGGAAAUUGAAACAGAGACUGAGCGCAGUUCAGGUGCCAACAAGGGAAUCAGUCCUGAGCCCAUAUAUCUGAAGAUUUUCUCCCCCAAAGUCCUUAAUCUUACUCUGGUUGAUUUACCUGGAAUUACCAAGGUUCCUGUAGGGGACCAGCCAGAGGACAUCGAGGCUCAAGUGCAAGAGAUGAUUUUGUCCUUCAUCUCAAAUCCAAAUUCUCUCAUCCUCGCAGUGUCCCCUGCCAACUCUGACUUGGCCACCUCUGAUGCUCUGAAAUUGGCUCGUGAGGUUGAUCCAGAUGGUCGUCGAACGCUGCUCGUGGUCAGUAAGUUGGACCUGAUGGAUGCGGGAACUGAUGCAUUGGAGGUCCUUCUCGGUCGAGUCAUUCCAGUCAGGCUUGGGAUUAUCGGCGUGGUUAACAGGAGUCAGCAUGAUAUUAAUACCCAAAAGAACCUGGAGGACUCAAUGAAGGAUGAGCAGGCCUUCUUGCAACGUCACUACCCCUCACUUGCAUCCCGUGCUGGCUCACGCUAUCUGGCCAAAACUCUGAGUAGACUGCUCAUGCAUCACAUCCGGGACUGCCUGCCAGAACUCAAAACCCGAGUGACUGUGCUCAUCGCCCAGUACCAGACACAGCUCAACAGCUAUGGUCAGCCGGUGGAGGAUCACAGCGCCACUCUGCUACAGAUCGUCACUAAGUUUGCUAGUGAUUAUUGCAACACCAUAGAGGGAACAGCCAGACACAUACAGACAUCAGAGCUCUGUGGGGGUGCUCGGAUCUGUUACAUAUUCCAUGAGACCUUUGGCCGCACCCUGCAGUCUAUUGACCCCCUGGGAGGACUAACUGAUCUGGAUAUCCUCACUGCCAUCCGCAAUGCCACGGGUCCACGACCAGCACUUUUUGUGCCCGAGGUGUCUUUUGAGUUGCUGGUGAAGCGGCAAAUUAAGCGCCUGGAAGAGCCCAGUUUGCGCUGCGUGGAGCUUGUUCAUGAAGAGCUGCAGAGGAUCAUCCAGCACUGCUCCUCUUUUAGCACACAGGAGCUUCUGCGAUUUCCCAAAUUGCAUGAUUCCAUUGUGGAAGUAGUGACUGGAUUAUUGAGGAAGCGCCUGCCAAUUACUAAUGACAUGGUGCACAAUUUAGUUGCAAUAGAACUCGCCUACAUCAACACUAAACAUCCGGACUUCACCGAUGCUGCACAGGUGUCUGCAUCUGUCAACAGUCAGCAGGCAGAGGCCCUUGAUGGAGGGAAGCGUCUAAAGAAUGAGAAGAUCCCAGAAGAGAAAACUCCAGCCACAGGUUUUGGCAGUCCCAGCAAAGGCCAGGCCAUUAACCUCCUUGACACAGCAGUGCCCACAUCCCGUAAGCUGAGCUCAAAGGAGCAGAGGGACUGUGAGGUCAUCCAGCGUCUCAUCAAGUGCUACUUCCUCAUUGUCCGCAAAAGCAUCCAAGACAGUGUGCCCAAGACAGUGAUGCAUUUCCUGGUGAACUUUGUGAAGGAGCAUCUGCAGAGUGAGCUGGUGGGCCAGCUCUACAAGCAGCCACUGCUGCAGGAGCUGCUCAUCGAGUCACAGGACACUGCACAGCAGCGGACUGAGGUUGCUCAGAUGCUCGAGGCACUUAAAAAAGCCAAUAACAUCAUCUCUGAGAUCCGGGAGACCCAUCUGUGGUAGCCAGAGGAAAUAACCAAGUCUGUUAGACAGAAAACAGCUUUGAGAGUAUGAGAGUGUGUAUGUGUUUACUGUAGAGAAAGUGUGUGUGGCAGUACCACAGUUUUCUCAUGGACCAAUGACCAUAGCACCUUUUAGAUCUCUUGUCAGCUGUUGCCCUGCUGAGCACACCGGGGCUGCUGCUUUCCACUGUGAGUGUCGUAUAGUGAGAAAGAUUGUUCAGACACUUAGAACAAAAGUGCUGUUGCAACUGAAAAUGUGAAAAAAACGCAGCCGAGAACAAAAUCUUUUUGCAUAAUGUUGUGAGAAAGUCUUUGUUGGAUUAUAAGAUAUUUGCUAUCAUUGUGAAUUUACUGUAUAUCAUACGGAUUAUUUAAGCACUCCUGCAGGGAGUUUUUGAUCAACAUGUGUUCACACUGUACAGUUCAAAAUGUUCCAAAAGCCGGGCUUCCUCCAAGCCUCUUUUAAGCAGGUGCUGAAGUCAUGUUGGGUUUAAUUUCUACUUUAAUUUUCUUUUGUCAGCAGAGAUAGAAGUAUAGUCGAAAUCCAGCUCUCAGUGCUGACAUCAAAGAAACACUGAAGACACACUGCGGUCAUUUUCAGAAAUUACUGGAUGACUACAGAUUGCUUUUCCAGCUCUGUAGUGCUGAUUACUCUCAGGUUUAUUUUCCAGUAACUUUAGCAUAUUACUCCAUUUUUGCUGUUGCAAAGCAUUGUGGUCGUGCGUGUAGUCAUUUACAAGAGGACCAGACAUUCCGAGGACUCACAUUGACGUGGACAACUGUAGAUAGCUCUAUGUAAAUAGAGGAUUAGUGAAUUGUUUGGGCUGAAAUGUCUUAAAAAAACAGAAAUAUAAAAGAAAUGUCUGAUUUUAGAUCCAGAUAGUAACAUUUCCAUUGUUUCCAAUGGUUACAAGAUUUGAGCUUUUUCCAUGUUGUCCCUUUUCAGUCAUACAAGCUCCCCAUACGUAUGCCAGAUUCAGCAUGUAGGUACUUUCUGCAAGCAGGUUUUGAUUUUGUAUUCCUAGCUCUAAAUUAAUGUUUUAACUUUGCCAGAAUUAUUUGCCACUGUGCCAGCCAUCUCCUGAUUUUUAUGUUGCUUGAUGUGUAAAAAUCUGCAUGUGUAUCCAUCUUUCCACUUAUUAUUCAUGGCUUUAUACCUUCUCAUAACCAUAUUAAGUAAUAAUCUUAAGAAUUAGGGUUUCUCAGGAAGAUCUGUUUUUACGGAACCAUCAAAGAGUAGCUCUGAUUUCUGUCCUCAGUCAGUUUGUCUCUAAAACCCUGUUUAAGGUUGCACGUGUGUUCAGUAUGCAUGUGUUGAGCUGUGAAUGAAUCUAUGGUAUAUUUUGUAUUAUUUAAAUGUAUAUUAUCAUGUGUCAACUGCCUCUAAGUUCUUGCCUGCCAAUAUUUGUGAUACAUGUUUGUUAACUGAAGUCUGAUGAGAUCAGAGAGGUUCAUUAAACUUUAACCAAGGACGCUGUAAA